AUGUCCAAACGUAAUGAAAAUUCAGCUUCUGACAAUAACAAAAAGCAAAAAGUAGCCAACAAAACUCAAAGUUCUCUUGCUGCCUGGGUGAAGCCUCAGCAAACGCGUACGGUUAACUUGGAAGCUUUAUUCAGUAAAACAGAUAAAAAUGUUAAAGACAUAUUAAGUUUAGAGAUUGAAACUAUGAAUAGUGAGUGGUUAAGAGCUUUAGGUGAAGAAAUACAGAAGAAAUACUUUAUAGAGCUCAAGAAAUUUCUUAAAAAUGAGAAAGAGAAUCAUAAAAUUUUUCCACCCGAGCCGGAGAUUUAUAGUUGGUCGAGAUACACCCCACCAUCUUCGGUCAAGGUCGUUAUUAUAGGGCAAGAUCCAUAUCACGAUGAUGGACAGGCUCAUGGUUUAUGUUUUAGUGUGCCGGAAGGUGUCAAUCCACCGCCAUCUUUGGUUAAUAUAUAUAAAGCAUUGAAAAAAGAUAUUCCGUCAUUUCAGAUACCAAAACACGGUAAUCUUGUUAAUUGGGCCAAAGCUGGAGUCCUUCUAUUAAAUACUUCACUUACUGUACGAGCACAUAACGCGGCAAGUCACAGUGGAAAAGGAUGGGAGAAAUUUACUGAUGCUGUGAUACAAUAUUUAUCCGAGAAAAAACAUGAAUUGGUUUUUAUGUUAUGGGGAAAUCAUGCUAUCAAGAAGGGUAAAAGUAUUAACAAUAAAAAACAUCUAGUUCUGCAAUCUGUCCAUCCGUCGCCAUUGUCUGCUCAUCGUGGAUUUUUUGAAUGUCAUCAUUGGUCUAAAGCUAAUGAUUAUUUGAAAAAAUUGGGUAAACCAGAAAUCAAUUGGAAUUGUUUAGUAGAAACAACUAAUGAAGACUAA